AUGCCGGGCGCCCUCCGAGUCCAGACGCCCUCUCUGAGCACAUUUCUCAAAGCACGCAAGACGCAAGAUGUCGAAACGCUAAUUGAACUCCUCGUAUCUCUCCUGAAGCGGCGCCAGAUCAAAAACUCGAGACCUUGCGCCAUUGCGACGGCCAACCUAUUACAAAGCGUGGUUGCAGAGCGAAGAUGGCCAGAUGCGCAGACCUUGGUGCGAAGAAUCCGAGAUGUCGGGCGAAAGCUGGUGGCCGCUCAGCCUCGCGAGAUGGCAGUUGGCAAUAUUGUCCGACGAGUCUUGGGCGUUGUUCGUGAAGUGGCAGAAGACGAUGAGCCCGACUUGAGUAGCUCCGUCGACAGCCUCCCGAGUCCUGCUCAAGGCCAGGAGCAUUCUUCUUCGAGACCACGUCUUCCCACAAACAUCUCAUCUUUCAGCCCACUGAAUCAUGCCGGAGCUCUACCUCAGACUGCGCACACACAGACAGGUAGCAGUGAUGCGCCAUUGCCCACCACUCUGACGAACCAGCGACCUGCCAUGCCUGGCGCGGCAAGUUCUUACGCUGGCCAAGCACCACAUCUGAACUCCUUAUUUGGCAUUUUUCAGCAACCGACAGGAGUCUCUCCGUUGGGUACGCCACCUGUUAAAGACUCGCCUUCAAUCAAAGGCCAGAAGAAGGAUGCCAACGAGAAGAUCGAUGUCAAGGCAGAAGUCUUGAACGGCAUUUCGGAACUCCUGGAGGAGCUCGAAAUCGUGGACGAACAGAUCGCAGAAUCAGCUCUGCAUCACAUCCAUUCAAACGAGAUCAUCCUUACGCAUACUUCAAGCCAGACAGUGCAGCGAUUUCUCAUCACAGCAGCACGGAAACGCAAGUUCACCGUUGUCUGCGCCGAAGCAUAUCCCAAUGACCAUGCCGAUACGCAUGCUACCAUCGUCAACGGUGGCGUCAAGCAAGGAGAAGACGAAGAAGAAGAGCGGUGGAAAGCACUCACGGCCAUGGGUAUCAAAGUCAUCGUGAUCCCCGACUCUGCCGUGUUCGCCCUGAUGGCUCGCAUCAACAAAGUCAUUCUUGCACCUCACACUGUCCUCGCCAAUGGUUCGCUGAUCGCGGCGGCCGGAGCAAGCACUAUCGCGCAAGCGGCUAAAGUACAUCAUGUUCCAGUCGUUGUACUGAGCGGCGUCUAUAAACUGAGUCCCGUCUACCCAUUCAACACAGAUGAGCUCAUUGAACACGGUGACCCGGGAAAAGUCGUCAGUUACCAAGACGGCGAAUUCAUGGACAAGGUUGAUGUCGUCAACCCCAUCUACGACCAUGUCGAUGCCGAUCUGGUCGAUCUUUACAUCACCAAUCUCGGCGGACAUGCGCCCAGCUAUCUCUACCGUAUAGUCGCAGAUCAUUAUCGAGUCGAAGACAUCGAUCUCAGCGCCAAAGUCUAG